AUGCUUCCCGUCCGGUCGCUGCUGCUGCCCUGCCGCUGCCAACACCACUACCAGCACCAAUGCCAGAAGCACCACCAGCACCGCUCGCAGCACCGACACUAUCAGCACCAAGCGCAGCUUGCUGGGGCUUCCCUUGCGAGCACCAGUCAAGAGAACGCUCAGCAGACCGAUUCACAGUCCAGUCAGAGGUCCACUCAAACAUUCGCUCCUGCUGCUGCUGCUGCUGCUCCUGCUGGUCGUGCCGCUGCUGGUACUGGUCCUGCCACUCACGCUGCGCGCUUGCCCUGUGCGCCCAGUGAGAGGCCCACUCAAAGUGCCGCUUCUGCUGCCCCUUUUCCUCAGGCACAGCUUCUGCUCUUGCUUCAUUUUGCACGUGCCAUUGCUGGUGCUGGUGCUGCCGCCGCCGCUGCUGCUGCUGCUGCUGCUGCUGCUGCUGCUGCUGCUGCUGCUGCUGCUGCUGCUGCUGCUGCUGCUGCUGCUGCUGCUGCUGCUGCUGCUGCUGCUGCUGCUGCUGCUGCUGCUGCUGCUGCUGCUGCUGCUGCUGCUGCUGCUGCUGCUGCUGCUGCUGCUGCUGCUGCUGCUGCUGCUGCUGCUGCUGCUGCUGCUGCUGCUGCUGCUGCUGCUGCUGCUGCUGCUGCUGCUGCUGCUGCUGCUGCUGCUGCUGCUGCUGCUGCUGCUGCUGCUGCUGCUGCUGCUGCUGCUGCUGUUGGUGCCGAUGCUGAUGUUGCAGCUGCUGCUCCAGGUGUUGCCGCCACCAUUGGCUUUGCUCCUGCAGCAAAAGCUGCUUAUCAUGCUGCUGCUCCCGCUGUCUCUCUACCUCCUCCACCCCCUCUUGCCAGCUUCCUCCUUGCUGCCCCCCCACCAAGCCCAGCCCUUGCAUCCUCCGAAUCCCUUCCAACCCACCCGUCUCUUCCCUUCCCCCCCCACCUCCCCUCAGCACCAGCCCCACCACAUCCAACUCCCUCAAAUCUACCUGCUGCUGCUCUUGCUCUUCCUGCUCUUGCAUAUAGGCGACUGCUCCCAUUCCCUCGUCUCUCUCUUCACCUUCCCCAGGUCCCACUGGCAGCUCUGGCAGUGGCAGGGUGA